AUGCCGGAGGUGUCAGUCAAGGGCACUACCAUUUCCAAGAAAGGCUUCAAGAAAGCGGUCAUGAAGACUCAGAAGAAGGAGGGCCGGAAGCGUAAGAAAUGCCGUAAAGAGAGCUACUCCAUCUACAUCUAUAAGGUGCUGAAGCAGGUCCACCCUGACACCAGCAUCUCUUCAAAGGCCAUGAGCAUCAUGAAUUCCUUUGUGACAGAUAUCUUCGAGCGCAUCGCGGGCGAGGCGUCGCGCCUGGCGCAUUACAACAAGCGCUCGACCAUCACGUCCCGGGAGAUCCAGACGGCCGUGCGCCUGCUGCUGCCCGGGGAGCUGUCCAAGCACGCCGUGUCCGAGGGCACCAAGGCCGUCACCAAGUACACCAGCGCCAAGUAA